AUGCAGGCGCUCGAUUCCGCAGGCAUCCGGGCCUACAUUGAACAGCACCGGCUAGAGGAGGAGCUGACUAGCGCUGUCAACACUGCACUGAAUGAACGCUCCGAUGAUCCGUUCGGCGUCCUCGCCCACCACUUUCGUGCUCUCUCUUCAGCGGGGGAUGAGGGCCACCCGAUGGAGGAGGAGGACGACAUCCUGCUUGAGGACGCGCCGCCGCCGCCCAAGGCGCGAGGCAAGCGGGGGCACGUCAUGUGCACGCCGGUCGUGAUUCCCGACGGGUGGAGACCACCAAUAAUCGAGAAGAGCGAGGCUCAGCUCGCAUUCCUCGAGGACGCGAUGAGGGAGAACAAGCUGAUGCGGCUGCUCUCGCCAUCGGACCGGGCACAGCUCAUCGCAGCUUUCUCUCCGAAGUCGUGGGAGUCAGGGACCACCAUCAUCAAGCAAGGGGACCGGGGCGAGCACUUUUACGUGGUCGAGUCGGGCACCGCUGACGUUUCCAUCCAAGGCGUCGGCAAAGUGAUGGUUGCCGCGAAGGGCACCGCCUUCGGCGAGCUAGCUCUUCUGCACGAUGCGCCGCGCGCCGCCACGGUGAUCAGCACGUCGGCGAUGACCACCUUCUCCAUCGACGCCCUCACCUUCAAGUCACUUUUGAUGGGGAAAUCGCAGCAAGACGCACGCGAGGUCGUGGGCUUCCUCGGCAACGUCCGCCUGCUAGCCUCGCUUGGGGAGGCAGCGAAGCGCGAGCUGGCAGACACGGCUGUCGAAAGACUCUUUGAGGCAGGAACCAACAUCAUUUGCGAGGGUGAGGACGGGCACGAGUUUUUCAUCAUCAAGACGGGCGAGGUCAAGUGCACUAAGAUGGGCGAAGAGGGCGAGGUGUCGCGCAGGCUUAGCGCCAGCGACUUUUUCGGCGAGCUCGCGCUGUUGCGGACAGACAAGCGUGCGGCCACGGUGACGGCGACGAAGGACACGAUCUGCCUCUGCAUCUCGCGGGCUGCCUUCACCCGCCUCCUCGGUCCCCUCUCCGAGUUUGGGGCUGUGACGGCCGAGCAGGAACGAAGAUCAAGCACUUGA